GCCAGCAGAGCUGAGGGUCUCGUUUCGUUGUCUGAGGCGCCCCAGAACUGAAUUUCAAGAAAAUUCACCUUGUCCUGUUUCCUUGGGCGUCCCUCAACUGAGGGAGAUGAAGGUCCAGAACCUGGAACCUAGAGCUUCCUUUCUUUGUGCCCCACAGCAGCUUUGCUCUGUAGCUGUUUUUAUUACCCCUGGUCGACAGGGAAGGAAGUCUGAGGCUGAGAGAGUGCAGUGACCUGCUUGGACAUCACAUAGCAGAGGAGAUGGCGGAACCCGGACCAGAGCCUAAGCCUUCUAACUACCGGCCUGAACUUGCCUCCUGUCCUGGGGGUGACUGAAUGGGUCACUGUCCCAGGGGCACUGCCACUUCUCAGCUAGGAACCAGGCAUCUCUGGCAGGCACCGCCAGGGCCUCUUCCCCCGCAACUGGGAAAAAGGAGGAUCCUGUGAAGAAGGAGGCAUCAGGGGACCAGGGGGCGGGGACGGUGGGGGAGCCGGAGUCUAGGCCCCGCCCUCCUUGGGCUUUCCGGCUCCUCCUCUGAUUGGCGAGUCUGUGCAGCGAGCGUCGCCAUUGGCCCUCUUGCAGCCGUUGGGAUUUGAACUCCACAUUUGUGACUUUGCCCGCCGGGCUACGGUCUCCGAGGCGGGUUUUUGCCUCCGCCUGACUGGCAUUGGCUGGUUUCUCUGCCCGCCGGUGUGCUGCCUCUCUGAUUGGUGCGUAUUGUCCCCACGGUGGCUUUCCCUUAAUUUCAGCUCCACAACCCGAGUUGGAGGAACGGCGGGUGAAGUUCUCCCGUAAGCCCUGUGAGCCUGUGGAGAAAGAUGUCUCCUCGGCCGUAUGAGUUCCAUCUGCCCUUAUCUCCAGAAGAAUUGUUGAAAAGUGGAGGGGUGAAUCAGUAUGUCGUGCAAGAGGUACUGUCCAUCAGACAUCUCCCAUCGCACCUUAGAGCAUUUCAGGCUGCCUUUCGAGCUCAGGGGCCACUGGCAGUGCUGGAGCAUUUUGAUACCAUCUACAGCAUUCUACAUCACUUUCGAAGUAUAGACCCUGGCCUCAAGGAAGAUACUCUGGAAUUCCUGAUAAAAGUGGUAUCCCGCCACUCCCAGGAACUUCCCACUGUCUUGGAUGAUGCAGCUCUGAGCGCAUCAGACAGAAGCGCCCACCUAAAUGCCCUCAAGAUGAACUGCUAUGCUCUGGUGCGCCUCUUGGAAUCCUUUGAGACCAUGACCAGCCAGACAAGUCUCAUGGACCUGGACCUUAAUGGGAAGGGUAGGAAAGCCCGGGCCAAGGCAGCCCAUGGCUUUGAUUGGGAAGAAGAGAGGCAACCAAUUCUUCAGCUUUUAACACAGCUCCUCCACUUGGACAUCCGUCACCUGUGGAACCACUCAAUAAUUGAAGAGGAGUUUGUCAGUUUGGUUACUGGCUGCUGCUACCGCCUCCUGGAGAACCCCACCAUUAGUCACCAGAAGAACCGCCCCACGCGGGAAGCCAUAGCCCGCCUGCUCGGAGUCGCCUUGACGCGUUAUAACCAUAUGCUGAGUGCCACUGUGAAGAUCAUCCAGAUGCUGCAGCACUUUGAACACCUGGCAUCUGUCCUGGUGGCAGCUGUGAGUCUGUGGGCAACUGACUAUGGAGUGAAGAGCAUAGUGGGAGAGAUUGUGAGAGAGAUUGGCCAGAAGUGUCCCCAGGAGCUGAGUCGGGACCCUUCAGGGGCUAAGGGCUUUGCCGCCUUCCUGACAGAACUAGCAGAACGCAUCCCGGCCAUCCUGAUGUCCAGCAUGUGCAUUUUGCUUGAUCAUCUGGAUGGAGAGAAUUACAUAAUGCGCAACGCCGUGCUGUCGGCCAUGGCAGAGAUGGUGCUGCAGGUUCUGAAUGGAGAUCAGCUGGAGGUGGCGGCCAGAGACACCCGAGACCAGUUCUUGGACACCUUGCACGCCCAUGGCCAUGACGUCAACUCCUUUGUGCGGAGCCGUGUUUUGCAACUCUUCACCCGAAUCGUCCAGCAGAAGGCUCUGCCCCUGACGCGUUUCCAGGCAGUGGUGGCCUUAGCAGUGGGGCGCCUGGCAGACAAGUCGGUGCUGGUAUGUAAAAAUGCCAUCCAGCUGCUGGCCAGUUUUCUCGCCAAUAAUCCCUUUUCCUGCAAGCUUAGUGAUACUGACCUGGCUGGACCACUGCAGAAGGAAACCCAGAAACUGCGUGAGAUGAGGACCCAGAGGCGAGCUGCAGCUGCCUCCGCGGUGCUGGACCCAGGGGAGGAGUGGGAAGCCAUGCUGCCGGAGGUGAGGGCUGCCCUGCAGCAGCUGCUGGCGCUUCCCCAGGAAGCAGAGGAGAUCCCUGAGGAAAUUGCCGAGACGGAGACCUCUGGAGACAUGGAAGGACGCAUCCGUCGGUUGCUCGCCAAAGCGAGUUACAAGCAGGCCAUCAUUCUCACUCGAGAAGCCGUGGGCCACUUCCAGGAGUCUGAACCCUUCUGUCACAUGGACCCAGAGGAGUCAGAGGAGACCAGGUUCCUGAAUCUCUUAGGAACUAUCUUCAAAGGCCCAGCAGCUUCCACACAGGGGGCGAAUCCCCAGGAGACUGUGGGGAACUUGGGCCCAGGAGAGACUGACCUUAAGGACAAGCCCAGUGUGUCAGAGCCUGAGAGACGCAGGGAAGACGAUGAGCUGGUGAAGCAGGAGAUGCUGGUGCAGUAUCUGCAGGACGCCUACAGCUUUUCUCUGAAGAUCACAGAGGCCAUCGGCAUCAUCAGCAAGAUGAUGUAUGAACACACAACGACAGUGGUACAGGAGGUGAUUGAAUUCUUUGUGAUGGUGUUCCAAUUUGGGGUACCCCAGGCCCUGCUUGGGGUGCGCCGCAUGCUGCCUCUCAUCUGGUCAAAGGAGCCUGGUGUCCGGGAAGCGGUGCUGAACGCCUACCGCCAACUCUACCUCAAACCGAAGGGGGACUCUGCCAGAGCCAAGGCCCAGGCUUUGAUUCAGAAUCUCUCUCUGCUGCUGGUGGAUGCCUCAGUUGGGACCAUUCAGUGUCUUGAGGAAAUUCUCUGUGAGUUUGUGCAGAAAGAUGAAGUGAAACCAGCAGUGACCCAGCUGCUGUGGGAGCGGGCAACUGAGAAGGUCCCCUGCUCGCCUCUGGAGCGCUGUUCCUCUGUCAUGCUUCUUGGGAUGAUGGCACGAGGAAAACCGGAAAUUGUGGGAAGCAACUUAGACACACUGGUGAGCAUAGGGCUGGAUGAGAAGUCUCCACAGGACUACAGGCUGGCCCGACAGGUGUGCCACGCCAUCGCCAACAUCUCUGACAGGAGGAAGCCUUCUCUGGGCAAACGUCACCCUCCCUUCCGGCUGCCUCAGGAACACCGCUUGUUUGAGCGCCUGCAGGAGGUGGUCAUAAAAGGCUUUGUCCACCCAGACCCACUCUGGGUCCCAUUCAAAGAGGCCGCAGUGACUCUCACUUACCAGCUGGCAGAGGGCCCCGAGGCGAUCUGUGCCCGGAUGUUGCAGGGCUGUGCGAAGCAGGCCCUGGAGAAGCUGGGGGAAGAAAGUGCCACCCAGGAGGCCCUGAAGGACACCCCCAUGCUCCCCACUUUCCUGUUGAUGAACCUGCUGUCCCUGGCCGGGGACGUAGCCCUGCAGCAGCUGGUGCACUUGGAGCAGGCGGUGAGCGGAGAGCUCUGUCGGCGCCGAGUUCUUCGGGAGGAGCAGCAGCAGAAGACGAAAGAGCCAAAGGAGAAGCAUACAAGCUCCGAGGCCACCAUGGAGGAGGAGAUGGGGCUGGUUGGAGCUACUGCUGAUGACACGGAGGCAGAACUGAUCCGCAGCAUCUGUGAGCUGGAGCUGCUGGAUGGCAAACAGACACUGGCUGCCUUUGUUCCACUUCUGCUCAAAGUCUGCAACAACCCUGGUCUCUAUAGCAACCCGGAGCUCUCCGCAGCUGCCUCACUUGCCCUGGGCAAGUUCUGUAUGAUCAGUGCCACUUUCUGUGACUCCCAACUUCGUCUUCUGUUCACCAUGCUAGAAAAGUCCUCACUCCCCAUUGUUCGAUCUAACCUCAUGAUUGCUACUGGGGAUCUGGCCAUCCGCUUCCCCAACCUGGUGGACCCCUGGACACCACAUCUGUAUGCUCGCCUCCGGGACCCCGCUCAGCAAGUGCGGAAAACAGCGGGGCUGGUGAUGACCCACCUGAUCCUCAAGGACAUGGUGAAGGUGAAGGGGCAGGUGAGCGAGAUGGCCGUGCUGCUCAUCGACCCCGCCCCUCAGAUCGCUGCCCUGGCCAAGAAUUUCUUCAACGAGCUUUCACACAAGGGCAACGCAAUCUAUAACCUCCUUCCAGAUGUCAUCAGCCGCCUGUCAGACCCCGAGGGUGGGGUGGAGGAAGCGCCCUUCCGCACCAUCAUGAAGCAGCUGCUCUCCUACGUCACCAAGGACAAGCAAACGGAGAGCCUGGUGGAGAAGCUGUGCCAGCGCUUCCGCACAGCCCGGACCGAGCGGCAGUACCGGGACCUGGCCUACUGCGUGUCCCAGCUGCCCCUCACCGAGCGAGGCCUCCGCAAGAUGCUGGACAACUUUGACUGCUUUGGAGAUAAACUAUCGGACGAGUCCAUCUUCAGUGCCUUUUUGUCAGUCGUGGGCAGGUUGAGGCGCGGAGCCAGGCCUGAGGGAAAGACUAUAAUAGAUGAAUUUGAGCAGAAGCUUCGAGCCUGUCACACCAGAGGUUUGGAUGCAAUGGAGGAACUUGAGAAUGGCCCUGGGGGUAGCCACAGAGCCCCAUCAGCCAAGAAACAACCCACUGUUUCCAGACGAAGGCAUCUGGCUUCUGCAGCCUCAGACAAUGACUUCGUCACACCUGAGCCCCGCCGUAUGACCCGUCGGCAUCCAAACACCCAGCAGCAAGUUUCGAAAAAGAAACUCAGAAUUGUCUUCUCAAGCGAUGAAUCCAGCGAUGAAGAACUGUCAGCAGAGAUGACAGAAGAUGAGACACCCAAGAAAGCCACGCCCAUCCGCCGAGCAUCUGCCCACAGGCACAGGUCCUAGGGCGGCCUUGCCUGUCCCCAUCCCUGCUGUGCAGGUGUCUUGUGGAGUGACCUUGAACACCACCCGCUUGUAGAAUACUUGUUUGCCCGUCUGCUUGUUUUUUAUAACACGUAAGUGAUCUUUGUAAUGUAAGGCAUUGCUCUUAAACGCCUCAUGGAACCAAGUGGAGCUGCUUUCACUGGAAUAUACGUUUGCCAGUCUCCUUGUUUUCUAAUGAAUAAAUGUUUUUAUUUACUUUUAGA